UCUUUUGCCCUCUACGCACCUGAAAACACGCACACAUAUAUACACAGACCUCUCCACGUUUUCAACCUCUGUAAAUAAGAGAGAGAGAGAGAGAGAGAGAGAAUCACGUGAGGGGAGGCAAGGGAAGGAGGGGAAGGAGAGAAGGGGCGGUUGGAAGUUGCUAGUGCUAUCGCAUGUUUGCUUCACGCAAGCUGCUAAAGGGUUAGCUGACUGCCGUGGCUUUAAAGAUUUCAAUCCAAAUAUCUCAAAAAACAAAACAACCAAACGCUACCCAACCCCAAUCUUAGAAAAAUAAAAACACCCCACUUGGGUCUUUUCCCUUCUCUCUCUCUCACUCUCUCUAUCAAAACCCCACAAACCCAAUUCAAUCAAAGCAAUGGUGUAAAAAAAGGAAAAGAAUCAAACACAAAGCGUGCAAACAAGAUGAGUGGGAAUUCCAGCACCAGUAGCAGUUCCGGUAGCGGUGGUGGGCCAUGUGGCGCGUGCAAGUUCCUGCGCCGCAAGUGCGUCAACGGUUGCAUUUUCGCACCCUACUUCGAUUCCGAGCAAGGCGCAGCCCACUUCGCUGCUGUCCACAAGGUGUUUGGCGCCAGCAACGUGUCUAAGCUGCUCCUGCACAUACCAGCUCAUAAGCGGCUCGACGCCGUCGUCACCAUCUGUUACGAGGCCCAGGCCCGACUCAGGGACCCGGUCUACGGUUGCGUGGCGCACGUUUUUGCUCUGCAGCAACAGGUAGUGAAUUUACAAGCCGAACUGGCCUACAUGCAAGCUCACCUAUCGACAUUAGAACUCCCAUCGCCGCCGCUGCCGCCUCCGCCUCCGACAUUGCUAUCCCCACCGCCCCUUUCAAUAUCCGACCUUCCAUCUGCUUCCAACUUGCCGACCACCUUCGACCUGUCGACGCUCUUUGACCCUCUAGCACAACCACCAUGGUCACUUCAGCAGCGACAGAUGGAGCUCCGGCAGCAGCUCGGUGGGGGGCGAAACAUGCCUGAGAAUUCCAUCGGUGGUGGCGAUCUCCAGACGCUGGCACGGGAGCUCCUUGACAGACGUAGGUCUGGAUCGGUUCCUACAUCGGAGCCACCGAUAUCAAAAUGACAUGGAUACAAACACUUGUGUUUGAUGGUUACAAGGACCAGAACCCGGCAAGUAUGAAAUAUAGUUAUAAUUAUCAGGUUUUGGGCCGAUUUUCUCUGGUUUUUGUUGUAAUCAUGAAGUGCAAGUAUUUUUAAUUGAUAAUUGUGUCGACUAGUUAAGCUCAUUAGUCCAUAUUUAUUUCAAAGAAUGCAUAAACUACGUUAGAAAAUGGAAAUCGAUGAAGACGUAUUCAUCAAAGUUCCUUGUUAUU